AUGUCUGAAUACGGUAUUCCGGACGCGCUCAGCUCAGGAACCGAAAUAAACGCCUUACCAACCACCGACGACGCGAGCGGUGAUGCGCCCGUGUUUCCUUCACUACAAAACAAUGGAGCUACAAGCCCACGAUCUUCCGAAGCCGCUGGCGGUCCUACGAUCGAGGAAGACGAUAACGACGACGAGCCAGCGGUAGCGAAGCCCUUUGUCCGAACGACAAGUCCUGACCCAUCCACCAGGGCCUUUCCAGAUACAUUUGACGACCGUGUCCCCGAUCGGCUGAUUUACAAGAUGCAUAAGUUCAGUCUGUACGAGACAGCCAGUCGAUAUUAUAUUGUCGGUGUGGACGUCAGCGAAAAGCGGUACCGGAUACUCAAGAUUGAUCGCACUACCGAAGGCGCAGAGCUCAAUGUGACAGACGACAAGAUUGUUUAUAGUCUCAAAGAAAUGAAUCAACUGCUGGAUACCAUAGACGACGGAAACCGAAGCACGGGCGGCAUCAAGCUUCGCUGUACGACAUGGGGUUUACUGGGGUUCAUCAAAUUCACUGGACCUUACUACAUGCUACUCAUCACCAAGAAAAGCACUGUCGCAAUGGUGGGAGGACACUAUAUAUAUCAGAUUGAAGGGACCGAGCUGGUUCCUCUUACGCCAUCCAAGUUCAAGCCCGACGCUCGCAAUACUGAGGAGCAGCGAUUCCUCGGUAUCUUAAAUAAUCUCGACCUGACCCGCUCUUUCUACUAUAGCUAUUCUUAUGAUGUUACGCGGACGCUGCAGCAUAAUGUUAUCCGGGAACGUGAGGCUUUGGCCAAAGGUAUGCUCCCACCGGAUGACGAUGACUUCAACUCUAUGUUUGUGUGGAAUGACUACUUGCUACAACCCGCCGUUGCUGCCCUACGCGAUCCAUAUGACUGGUGUCGUCCUAUCAUCCAUGGCUAUAUCGACCAAGCAGCUCUCUCGAUAUAUGGACGUACUGCGCACAUCACGGUUAUCGCUAGGCGGUCGCGCUACUUUGCCGGCGCCCGUUUCCUGAAGAGAGGAGCUAACGAUCUCGGUUACGUUGCCAACGAUGUUGAAACCGAACAGAUCGUGGCUGAAUCUCUAACGACAUCAUUCCACGCACCUGGGCCCGAACUAUAUUGCAGUCCGCAAUAUACCUCCUAUGUUCAACACCGAGGAAGUAUUCCGCUUUAUUGGACUCAAGACAGCACUGGAGUCACACCCAAGCCCCCAAUAGAGCUCAACUUAGUUGAUCCUUUCUAUGGAGCGGCUGCACUACAUUUCAAUAAUUUAUUUGAGCGAUACGGAGCACCAAUUUAUGUCGUCAAUUUGAUCAAGUCCAAGGAACGCACACCGCGCGAAUCGAAGCUGUUGGAGGAGUACACACAUGCAAUCAACUACCUUAAUCAAUUCUUGCCAGAAGACAAGAAGAUAAUCCACAAAGCUUGGGAUAUGAGUCGUGCCUCAAAAGUGCGUGGAGGGGACGUCAUAGGCAAUCUCGAACUUAUCGCAGAAUCAGUCCUUACUACUACAGGCUUCUUCCAGAAUGGCGACGGGUUGACAAGCCCCAUGACAGCGCAGAACGGAGUGGCUAGAACGAAUUGCAUCGAUUGCUUAGACCGUACCAACGCUGCGCAGUUUGUCAUCGGGAAGAGAGCGCUUGGUCACCAGCUUCACGCUCUUGGUAUAUUGGAGGAUACAUCGGUCGAUUAUGAUACAGAUGCGGUCAAUUUGUUCACCCACAUGUGGCACGAUCAUGGCGAUACCAUUGCUGUUCAGUACGGUGGCUCACAGCUAGUCAAUACUAUGGAAACAUAUCGCAAGAUCAACCAAUGGACCAGUCAUUCACGAGAUAUGAUCGAAAGCUUCAAGCGGUACUACAACAACUCUUUCCUCGACAGUCAGCGCCAGGAGGCAUACAACUUGUUUCUUGGCAAUUACAUCUUCGUUCAAGGCCAACCGAUGUUAUGGGACCUGGCCACUGAUUACUACCUACAUCAUGCCGAUCCGCGAGACUGGUCGGCCAGAAUGAAACAUGACUACAUCAAUUGGUACGUUCCAGCUCAUUUGCAGGAACGAACUGUACCACCAUACGUACCAAGCAAGGAUAUUGCUCGCGUUCACCCAGUCGAGUUUUUUGACGAUUAUUGGUUAGAGUAUUAUAGACCUUCCACCCUCUCUUCCUUUCCUAAAAUGUUUGCCUAUAAGAUGAAUUCGACUAUCAAAUACAUCCCCCUGAAAUCAACCCAGGAUGGCCGCUACGACCUGAGCCCCUUUAGAGUCCGCACAGACAACGAUGUCGAGCAUGGCGAGAAGAAGAAAGCUAAGAAAGACGCUUCUUUACGAGGUGUGACAGGAGUGAACGGGGUGUCGGACACAACUUCGGGCGGGCCACAAGCGAAAGGCAUCUCUCUCCAGCGUUGGCUACAACCCACACAAGAUAAGCAUCUUCUCAGCAGCUCCCUGCGAUCAGAUGCAAGCCAGUCCUUGAAAGCGUCCGACCAAGAUCCUCAUGCGAAACCGACCGCACUGGAAAAGUCCAAGGCUGCACAAUGGACCUUUACCAAAGCUGUACACGAUUCGUUGAAUCCAUCCGUUGCCGAACAAGAGUCUGAAGAUUAUGAGCGGUAUAUCAAACAUCCUCAAAAUCUCCCUCUUGUAAUUUCGAGUGACACGCCUGUCGACGUGGACGCAUCCGAAUACCAGGAAUAUCUAAGUGGUGGCUGGCAAGAUGAGGGUUUAAUGGUCAAGGGCACGGAAGAAGAGAUCGAUGUUUAUGCCGAACUACUCAAGGUAGGGGAGAAUCCCCUGACAGUAACCGAGGAGGACGGUCCCAAGAAACGAUACAAAGCUUAUAGGAAAUGGCUGCGUGGAAAGUCUUUCUUCAAGCAGCAACCACUUGACUAG